AUGAGUGAUGAGCAGUCAGUGCGUCGUUCGGAACGACUGCGAGGUCGUGAGAGUCGUAGUGCAAGUGUUGAGGUGUUGGUGCAGAGAGAUUCAUCUGUGGAAGUGAUCAGUUCAGUGGAGAGUUCGGCCGUAACUGAGGAUCAAAAUGCGGCCACAGUCACAAGUUCAUCGUCAUCUCAACGCCGCAAAACACCAACUCCAGUGUCGUCUGUAACUUCGUCCAGACGAAUUUCUUCGUUAAGACGGCGAGCGUCGAACGAGAGUAGUGGUGAGAAUACAAAAGAUUCUGAUGAUCCAACGACACCGCAAACAUCCAAAACACCAUCCAGACAACGUUCAUCCGCAAGGAAGGAACGAGGGGUGAGUGUCGAGAGUAAUUCGAGUGCUGACGGCAGCGUCAAGUCAGCUUCCUCUUCAACCACACCAAGACGAAGGAGACGUACUAUUGGUGUUGUUAGUGAGCCACUUGUGGAGGUUAUCAACGAAGAAGAUGAGAGUGCUGAAAGAUCACAGGAGGAUGCGGACAUUAUCGCGUACCAUACUCGAUCGCACGGUCCAAGUGAAGAAGUGGUAGAAUUAGAUGCAGUAAUAAAAAGACGUAGUACUCAUCAUCAGUCACAAGAUGGUCAGUCAUCAGCAGGUGGUAGUGAACAGUCCGUAGAAGCUGAGGAUGCUACAAUGGGCUCAUCGGUUGAACAUGGAUUUGCGCUUACACUGGAAACAUUAUCGCAAGAAGAAAUCGCCAAGUAUAUCGCCAGCUCGUCAUCUUCGUUACAAUCGGAUAUGGAUACGAAGUUAGCAAGCGAUAAUGCAGAAGAUUCUUCACAGAAUGCAAGUACGAAGUCAGAUGCUGCCGAUAAAGAUUCAGAUGCUGAAGGGUCGAGGAAACAACAGAGUGAUACGACUGUUUCAUCAGCGAUUAUCAUAUCACAAACGGAGUCGAAUCAUAGUUUGGAAUCGUUAUCAGUGCCACAUCUGGAAUCGCACAAGCCAUCAGACGUGGUUCCGACUGAAAUUGAUGACGACAGCAGAGGGAAAGGAGGUAAAGUGAAUGUUGACGAGGCUAAUGAUGAGCAGUUUACGAAGGGUGUUGAGAAUGACGAACAACAAUCUGAAUUGCGAAUGCAGUCGAUAAGUGCUGUAAUCAACGAGUUAGUAACGGUGCGGUGUGAAGAAAAUGUGAUUGAUGAACGCAUCGAUCGACACGCGAGUGAAGAAUCACUUCAAAUGAGUACUGAGGAUUCAUCGGUACCAAUUAUAGGAGAGGAUUCAGGAGGUGCAUUGAAAUCAUCGGCGAAAACUGAUAACAGCGCAGAUAACGUUGACGGUGAUGCGAGAAAAGAUACGCAACUGAGUUUAAAUGAAGAAGAACAUCGGUGCGAAGAACAGAAAUCUUCAUUGCUUGCCGAAGAAACUGACCGUUCACAUGCUGAUAAGGACGUCGAAUUUGUGAUGAAGGAAGCGAAUGAAGCAAGCGAUAAGAUGUCAUCAUCAGAAAUCGUCACUGAAACUGUUGAAGAACAAAGUGUUCUGAAGGAACGAACACCCGAACAUGAUCAAAUGAACGAUUCAGGGCAACAAAUGGAAUUGGCAGGCGAAGAGAAGAAACGAGAAAUCGAAAGUGAGAAGUCAAAAAAUGAGUGCGAGUCGAAGAAUGUCUCAGAGAAUGCCAGUGGAAAUGUUGAUGAAGAAGUGGAAUCAGAUGCGACUGACAAAGAGAGUGAGUGUUGGCCGUCAAUCUCAGACGCAUCAUCCAUUUGGCAUAAGUGA